UCAGUGGUAUCUCAGCAUGGAGGUCCUGGGGUCAGAUCCGAGCUGGAGACUACAGGGUUGAAGUAAAUGGGUGGAUGGAGAGAUUUCUACACUCUAUGACACAUGUUAAGGUUUCACUGAAGUACCUCUGACGUGGAAUUGUCCUACUGGGUUAAAGUGUACUUUGGCUCCCUGCAGACAGACUUCGAUCAUCAUUAUAAAACUGAUAAGUACCACUGUCCAAAGAAGUUUGCAUUGUUGGCUAUGACUUGAGGUCAGCCUUACUCAUUAGUCAUUAGUCAAGUAACAAAUUGGAAAAUUAAUCUUUAAUAUCUGUCAAAAAGUAACUCCUCCCUGUCCCAAUUAAAGCCUUUAAUACAGGUGGCACGAGAUAACGCACAGAACAGCUUCUCUCUUGGUCUGGAUCUGCAAACAGAAUGAGGACUCUUCAGGAAAAAAUCAUUGUGCUUUCCAUUUUUCUGUCUCUGAUCUGCACCAUUCAGGUUGAUUCACUGCCUGUACCUGAAGACUGGAAAGGUUUGCUCCAGCGGACCAAACGGUCACUUCUGUGGCGCUGGAACAGCAUGAAGCCUGUGGGUGCCGGCUGCAGGGAUGACUUAGAGUGUGGCACAAAAUACUGCAGGAGAAAUAUCUGUUCCUUCUGGAAAUCCGUCUGACAAAGGGAUACACAAACGUAACUCCCUCAGGGUGACUCUACACAACAAACAUCUUCCUUAUGGAUCAAAGUGACCUGUCUCAAAACGAACGCUGCAUGAAAUGACAGCUCUGAUAUUCUGGUCUGAAUUGAAGACCUGCUGGCCGUUUAUCAGACUUACACAUUCAGUUAAAGUAAUCUGAUCUGGCACUGCACUGCAGCAAAACAAAGCCAUAAAUGCUGUAUGCAUGAACAGUCAAUAUCUCUAUCUAUAGUGAUAUUUACUAUUGACUAUAACACAUGUUUUUAAUUAGAAAAUAUAAAUGUUCAUGAAAUGUUUGUGAGGUGCUCUGAGUUUAUUGG